CAUUCGCUUUCCAGUUCAAUUUAAUUCGUUUUGGGUGGAUUUUUUUGAUCUACUUUGUCGAAAUAAUCUCACGCGUAGUUAAGGAUAAAUCCUUUUCUAAUUGUGUCCUUGGAUGCUGGGAUAUUUCUAACGUGAGAAUAAUUUUGCAUAUAAUUAUUUAUAUGCUUUUGGUUUUUGUGUCGUUAUUAGAUAUUUAGUUUACGGCGUUAUAACGAAGAUAUUACAUAAAUGUUAUUUUGAGAUUGAUAAGCCUAUAUAUAGCAAUUUGGUAUCCUCGCGGAAACUCUGUGAAACUUCCGGACAACGAUUAUUACUGUCAUCUUCAACUAAAUUCACGAGAACGAAAUGAUUUUCGCUACGUACACUUUGCAUCCUAUACCACAUACUUGUGAUUUCGACUCAACGACUCUUAGUGAAAAGUUUUAAUUCAGGAAAAGUUAAAGAAAACCCAAUAUCAAUUGUUUGACAUUUGUCAAUGUGAAAAACUUAGUUAGACCACUACAAUUAUAACUCCUACCACUUCGAUAAAUUGAAGUACAUACAAAAAUCACUGCGAAGGUGAACAGAACUCUUGAUGCAUUCAUUAAGUUGGACGACGCGUGUAAUAUCGCGGGCGUUGAGAAGUGGAUUCUCGACGCUAUUAGAGACGGCCAGUAAUGCAACUGCGAAUGCGAAUAGUGCCUCAAAACAGCGCCCACACUUUGUGUCUGUAGUGUGUGGCUUCCCAAAAGACUUCCUCACCUCCAAAUAUAAGCCUGGCAAAUAUGGCGAGGAUUCGUGGUUCAAAACGUCAACUACCCAUGCUGAUGUCCUAGGUGUCGCUGACGGCGUUGGUGGUUGGCGAAAUUACGGCAUCGAUCCCGGCGAGUUCAGUUCAUUUUUAAUGAAGACUUGUGAGCGUCUAGUCCAUUGUGUUAAUUUUAAUCCCCAACGUCCUGUGAAUCUCUUAGCGUAUAGUUAUUGUGAAUUGCUUGAACAAAAGAAGCCCAUAUUAGGCAGCAGUACCGCUUGUGUGCUGGUGUUGAAUCGUGAGAAUAGCACUGUUUAUACCGCCAAUAUCGGAGAUAGCGGUUUUAUGGUGGUACGUAAAGGCGAAAUCAUUCACAAGUCCGAAGAACAACAACAUUAUUUCAAUACACCGUUUCAACUAUCGUUGCCGCCACCCGGACACGGUCACAACGUGUUGAGCGAUAGUCCCGAUUCGGCGGAUACGCUUAGCUUCGCUGUUAAGGAGGGCGAUGUCAUAUUGGUGGCUACUGAUGGCGUCUUUGACAAUGUGCCCGAGCGUUUGUUGCUCGAUGUGCUCAAAGAGUGCGAGGGCGUCACAGAUCCCGUGAAACUACAGAUGACCGCCAACUCAUUAGCAUUGAUGGCGCGCUCAUUAUCUUUUGACAGCGAAUUUAUGUCGCCAUUUGCAAUAAAUGCCCGACGCAAUAAUAUCAAUGCAACAGGUGGCAAACCUGAUGAUAUAACUGUGGUACUCGCAACUGUAGCAAUGUGAAAUUAAGUUAAUUUUAGUUUUAAUUUGUUAAACGUGUAGGAUAUUCUCAUUUUAUUCGCGUCUCUCAUGCAGUGGUGCUGUGCCGCGGUGCUGGCUGCUUUUUGCUGUGGCAUUACUGCUAAUAAUGAUUGCUGGCCACAAUUAGUGAAAUGAUGGUGAUUCGUCUGUCAGUCAGUCGGUCAGUGUCGUAUUUGGUCAGUGUUUGUGUCAGUGUGAGGAAUUGUAUUUUUCACACAUUUUGCAUGUGUGUAAACCACUUCCUAUUACAAUAAUAACAACGACAAAUUAUAGAUUUGCGAUGCUAGAUAAUUAUUACUACUAAUUAUACCUCUUCCCUUAUCAUUUAGUUGUAAGUUACUUAUUUAUAAUUUAGCAUAUUUGUGAAUAUUUGCGUGCGAUUAACUCUGUACUUGUAUUUUUUUUUAUUUUUUUAUUUUAAUUAUUAUUAUUAUUAUUUCCUUAGCGUUUAAUUUUGCUUUUAAGUGCAAACAGUUUAAUUAUUAUUUAAUUAGAUAACAUUCAUCUCUUACGGCUUAGCUACUGUAUGUAAAAAUUGUGAUGAAAGAGCUACUCAUACACACUCAACAUCUCUCCUCAUUGGUUAUAAAAUUUUAUAAAGGAAAAAUAUCAAAAAAUGCCAAAAGUUUGUGUUUUUAUAUUUCAUUUCAUUUGAGUAUAUUUCACUUGUGUAUGUAAAGAUUUGCAGCGUUGGUCGUCAUACAGUAUAAUCAUAUACAUAUAUAUAUAUUGAUAAUGCAUAGAUUAGAUUAUCUAUAGACAAUUAUAAAACAAUUGUGCAAACAAGAUGCAUAUAGCUACAUAUGUACAUACAGAUAUUUAUGUUUUCAAUCAAAAAUGAAUUUGAAACAUUUUGAAGCGCUCCAAAAGAAUUUGCUUGAAUCAAUUCUUCUGUGCUCAUUGUAUUGUGAUAUGAACAAUUUUUGAAAUUUCAGCGAACCAGCCACUAUCAUCCAUUAUUUCACUAAAUAUUAUAAAAUUACAUUCGAAAGUAUGUAUGUAGAACAAUAAGAAACGAAAUAAUCGAAGAAUGUCGGAGCUAAUGCUCAAAAGUAACGUGUAGUUGUAGUAUGUUAUUAAACAGUAAAAUAUGCGAAAGUUAUGAUGUUUGCUAAAUUCGAAAUUGUAGUUAAAUAAAAACAAAUUUGGACUGAAUAUUAAACAUAAAACAAAUUAUGUCUUUUAACAAUAAAAAAAAAACAUUUGCUUAAUUGUCAUUAAUUCGCGUGAACAUAACAAGUGCACAAGUGAGUGUGAAUUACUUGUGUAUGGGAUUGAAUAAAGCUACUUAGUAGGCAGUUCAAGAAGUUAAAAUUUUUAGAGUUUUCCAUUGAAAUCGGAAGAUAUCAGAAUUACAAAAAAAAAAA